CACAAGAAUCCUCAUUCUUCCUAAUCACCGCCGGUUGGUUUCAUUAUCGAGGCGUUUGGGUUUCUCACGUGCUAUCGGGAAUCGUCGCCGUCAUCAUCAGUGGAGAGCGAGAGAUUAGAGGAGAAAGUGGAGAGGAAGAGAGAGAGAGAGAGACAGCCAGGGUGGAGGGAGGCGGAGGAAGACGUCCUCCCAUUCGGCGACCACUCUGCAGAGGAGCACGUCGUCGCCGCCGCUGCCUGAGAGCGCUCGGUGCAGGAUGCGUCUUUUCUCGCCGGCGUCCUCCGCAUCCACAUCAUCUCCCGACAAGUGACUCCUGGGUUUGAGUCCUCCCCUCAACGAGCGUCGGGCAGAAAGGGAAUAACAUCUGCUUAUCUGCGUCGCUUAUGUUCCCACGGCAAGCGAGAGAAGAACUGCAGAGAUCGGCAGCGGCGCCAAGGCGGCAGAGGCGUCAUGCGGGAUUGAGGAGAGGCGGCGGCGGGAUCCCCCCAGGUUUUUCAGGACACGUGGGCCGCACCUUCGGAUCGCAGCGCCGGGUCAUGACCCAGUUGCCAUGCGCAUCGCCACGCUGACCUGCCUUCCCGGCCCUUCUUCCCCCUUCCUCUUCGCGCUGCUGUACUUCCUUUCGACGGCUGGCGGCGCCUCGUCCUCCACCUCGUCGUCCUCGUGCCCGGACCGCUGCACCUGCUCUAACCAGGCCAGCCGCGUCAUUUGCACCCGUCAGAGCCUGGACGACGUGCCCGACAGCAUCUCCGUCAACACCAGAUACCUCAACCUGCAGGAGAACGCCAUACAGGUCAUCAAGUCGGACACCUUCAAGCAUCUGCGACACCUUGAGAUCCUUCAGCUCUCCAAGAAUCAGAUUCGUCAGAUUGAAGUGGGUGCGUUCAAUGGCCUCCCCAACCUUAACACGCUGGAACUGUUCGACAACCGCCUCACACUGGUGCCGUCGCAUGCCUUCGAGUACCUCAGCAAGCUGCGCGAGCUGUGGCUGCGCAACAACCCCAUCGAGACGCUGCCGGGAUACGCCUUCCACCGGGUGCCCUCACUACGUAGGCUGGACUUGGGCGAGCUCAAGAAGCUGGACUUUAUCUCGGACGCUGCCUUCGUGGGCCUGGUCAACCUGCGUUACCUGAACUUAGGAAUGUGCGGACUCAAAGACAUCCCCAAGUUGACGGCCCUGGUGCGGCUAGAGGAACUGGAGCUGUCCGGGAACCGGCUGGAGAUCAUCCGGCCCGGCUCUUUCCAGGGUUUGGUUUCACUCCGGAAGCUGUGGCUCAUGCACUCGCAGGUGUCGGUCAUUGAACGUAAUGCCUUUGAUGAUUUGAAGAAUCUGGAGGAGCUCAACCUGUCCCACAAUUCUUUACACUCGCUACCCCACGAUCUCUUCACGCCCCUGCACCAGCUGGAGCGGGUACACCUGAACCACAACCCGUGGGUGUGCAACUGCGAUGUGCUUUGGCUCAGUUGGUGGCUAAAGGAGACGGUGCCCAGCAACACCACCUGCUGCGCACGCUGCCACGCGCCCCCGUUCCUAAAGGGCAAAUACAUUGGCGAGCUGGACCAGAGCCACUUCACUUGCUACGCACCUGUCAUCGUAGAGCCGCCCACUGACCUCAACGUCACCGAGGGAAUGGCAGCUGAGCUCAAGUGCCGCACCAGUACCUCCACCACCUCUGUCAACUGGAUCACACCAAAUGGAACUUUGAUGACCCACGGCUCUUACAAAGUGCGCAUUUCGGUGCUGCACGACGGAACGCUCAACUUCACUAACGUCACCUUGCGAGAUACAGGCCAAUACACAUGCAUGGUGACCAAUGCGGCCGGAAACACCACAGCCACUGCCGUCCUCAACGUCACCGCCGCAGACGUCAGCGUCAACUACACCUAUUUCACUACGGUCACCGUGGAAACUGUGGAAACUCCGGGAGAUGAAGAUUCAGCUCUGAGGGCUAUCAAUCAGACCUACAUCCGAGUCCUCCCGGGUCCGACCCGCUCGGGGCACCUGUGGCCAGAUGGUGUCCCGACGACAGCCUCCUCCUUGUCCAUUGACUGGUCAUCGCCCUCCUCGCCCCGCGCCACUCGGCCCACCUUCACUGUGCCCAUCACCGAGCCGGGCUUCUCGGGCCUGGACGAUGUCAUGAAGACCACCAAAAUCAUCAUUGGCUGCUUUGUGGCAAUCACCUUUAUGGCGGCGGUGAUGUUGGUGGUUUUUUACAAGCUGAGGAAACAGCACCAACUCCACAAGCACCACGGCCCCGCCAGGGCCAUCGAGAUCAUCAAUGUGGAAGAUGAGCUGGGCGGCGGGCCCGGCGGCCGGGGUGGAGGCGGCAUCUCGGGGGGCUGCGCCUUGACGCAAAGCAGCGGAAUCGGAGGCGGCCAGAGCCUGAGGCGGCAUCACUCGGACGCGGUCACCCUGCCCCAUCUGACCCGCUCAGAGCACCUCAACUAUUACAAGACUCACCACUUCGGCAACAACGUGGCGGGCCUGGGAAUGGGCGCCAACAACAACAACAACCCGUUGCCCUGCUCCCAGAACAUGACCAUGUCCUGCUCCCAGGUGCCCAGCUCCAUGGGCGGUGGCCUCGGGACCUGCGGCACCCUUCCCACCCCGGUCCCGCUGCCUCAGCUAAGUCUCCACAGCUCCCUCAAGGGCCUUAUGGCCAAGGGGCAGAAUGAGCCUCUGCUUUUUAAGAGCGGCUCCAAGGAGAAUGUACAAGAGACUCAAAUCUGAGGGAACCUGCGACACCCCCUUGUAGCCCCACUUCGUUGCGUAAGGGAGGACUGGGGCAGCUGCCUAGUAUGACCCCUCCCCCUGCCUCAUGGAGCCUACGCUCCCACCCACAUUCAGGUGACAAGCAGCUCUAGUUUUUGCCAAAGUCCCAAGUCAAGCCAACUGAUUGGACGUCGCAUCUUUUGUGGAUUAUUCUACAGACCGGUCGGAAUAUCGGGAUGCGUCUCAAUGUGGCUUCACGGACAAACCAGAGCUAUAAAAAUGAUAAUUAAAUAUAUAAAAGACGAGACAAAAAAAAAAAAAAAAGAACAUAAGUACUUGAUAUUAUUAUAUAUAAACGGUAAAUAUAUUUUCACUGGAAGAAAUAAAUUAUAAAGAAUCUUUACGGAGCCGCCGACGUACAAUGUGUGAAGAAUAUAUUUAAACAAUCAAAAAAAAUAUUUGUCCUAUUGGCCCACCUUUCAAGAUGGCCGCUGGGAAAAUCUUUUUUUUUUUUUUCUAGCCAGGCCCUAUUUUUCGGGCAGCGGCGCUCACACCGACAGUUUCAGCAGCGACGUGCUGUGUAGCAUCAAUAAUAAUAAUAACAAUAAUAAGCAACGUAAGCUCACAGUGUACAUAGUCCCAAAAGGCUGCUCGCUAAUCACCAUCUUUGGAUUUACAUGUUAGCGUUAGCAUUAGCAUUGUUAUUAUCACUGCGAUGGCUCCUUUUUUUGUUUAUUUGUACAUUUGAGGGUGUUUGUUUUUUUCUAUUUGGACACAAAAUGGCGGCAGGGUCGAGACUUCGGAAUCGGAAGAUUUUGGAAGGAUUAUUUGAUUCAAAGAAGGCAUUUAUCCCGAAGGUAAGCAGCGUUCGUCGGUGGGACGACUAAGAAAAAAAAGAGACUUUUUUUAUUUAAUUAAAAAAAAAAAAAAGGGACAAAUCAAUGAAAAAUAUAGAAACUUCUAGAUAUCUUUUAAAAGGAAAAAAAUAUUACCAUGAUGAUGACUGAUGAUGAGUGUUUUUUUUUUUUUUUUUUUUUUUUUUCCUUUUUUUUUAAAAGUGUUCUCUUUCUUCUUGUACUCUUCUUGUUCUUGUUCUUCUAAUUAGAUGAUUCCACUGGUUCUAAUUAUGCCGACGAUGUUCUGUUAUAGCCCAAGUCACUUUGGAAAUUAAAAAAACUGGCGCACAAAAUGGCGGCAACUGGA